AUGGUGUUCCCCGCACUGGCUGUGGAAGUCACCGAUAGGAUUCUGCUGAUUGGUCCAUUUGAACCCACUGUGAGCCUGGUAAAAGGGCCUGAUUCUCUAGUUGAUGGAGGAAAUGAAACAGUAGCAGCCAUUUGUAUUGCAGCCACUGGAAAACCAGUUGCACGUAUUGACUGGGAAGGUGAUCUUGGUGAAAUGGAAUCCACCACUACUUCUUUUCCAAAUGAAACAGCAACAAUCGUUAGCCAAUACAAGCUGUUUCCAACUAGAUUUGCUAGAGGAAGGCGAAUUACUUGUGUUGUAAAACAUCCAGCCUUAGAGAAGGAUGUUCGAUACUCUUUCAUACUAGAUAUACAGUAUGCUCCUGAAGUUUCAGUAACAGGAUAUGAUGGAAAUUGGUUUGUGGGAAGAAAGGGUGUUAAUUUGAAGUGUAAUGCUGAUGCUAAUCCACCACCCUUCAAAUCUGUGUGGAGCAGGUUGGAUGGACAGUGGCCUGAUGGUUUAUUUGCUUCAGACAAUACUAUUCAUUUUAUCCAUCCACUGACUUUCAAUUAUUCUGGUGUUUACGUUUGUAAAGCGACCAAUUCUCUUGGUCAGAGAAGUGAUCAAAAGAUCAUCUACAUUUCAGAUCCUCCUACUACUACCACCCUUCAGCCUACCAUUCAGUGGCAACCCUCAACUGCUGACAUCGAGGAUGUAGCAACAGAACCAAAAUUGCCUUUUCCAUUAUCAACCUUGGCAACAAUUAAGGAUGACACAAUUGGCACAAUCAUUGCUAGUGUAGUGGGUGGGGCUCUCUUCAUAGUGCUUCUGAGCGUACUGGCUGGAAUAUUCUGCUAUAGGAGAAGACGGACGUUCCGUGGAGACUACUUUGCCAAGAACUACAUUCCACCUUCAGAUAUGCAAAAAGAAUCACAAAUAGAUGUUCUUCAACAAGAUGAGCUUGAUUCUUAUCCAGACAGUGUAAAAAAAGAAAACAAAAAUCCAGUGAACAAUCUAAUACGCAAAGACUAUUUAGAAGAGCCCGAAAAGACCUGGAACAAUGUAGAAAAUCUCAAUAGAUUUGAAAGACCAAUGGAUUAUUAUGAAGAUGUAAAAAUGGGAAUGAAGUUCGUCGGCGAUGAACAUUAUGAUGAAAAUGAAGAUGACUUAGUUUCACAUGUAGAUGGUUCAGAAAUUUCCAGGAGGGAGUGGUAUGUUUAGCAACCACUAAAUGUGAUUUAACUAUGUACAAUGUUUCAUUCAUACUUGUUGAUCAUUUUCAGAUUGUUCAUACUUUUUCUGGAGGAAGAAUAAGCUUUUUCAAGUUGAUUUUCAAGCUUACUUUUUAUAUUCUAUUCUGACAAAUGAAAAUGUAAAAAUCUAGAUUCAGUGUAUCUGAGCUGCUUUACAGUUUUU